GAUCUCUUGCUGCACCACUGCAAAAGAAAUUGGGACAAGCUGGAGGUCACAUAUGAAGGUACGGACCAAGUUCGGGAAGCCAAAAUUGACUUCCUAACGCAGGAGUACGAGAUGUUCAGAAUGAAGGAAGGCGAAAAGAUCGAUGACAUGUUCGAUCGGUUCUCAAAGAUCAUCAACGACCUUCAUGCACUCAAGAAGACUUACACCAACAAGGACCUUGUGAGGAAAAUCCUGUGGAGUCUCACACCCGAAUGGAGAUCAAAGGCUGACGCAAUCUACGAAUCCAUCGGAGUCUCCAAUGUUACCAUCGACGGGCUAAGAGGUAACCUCAAAACUUAUGAAUCUAAUAUUCUAACUCCGUCUUUGGAUGAACAAAAUAAAAAGCGAAUAACACUGAAAGCAACCAAGAAGACCGUGGAAGAAGACUCAAGCGAUGAUGACAACGAGUUCGGACUCGUCAUCAAGAAAUUCCACAAAUUUAUGAAGAAGGAAUUUGAGCGCAAAGGAAGAAAGCACGACGGUACCCCAAAGUGCUAUGGCUGUGGUGAGAUAGGCCACAUCAAGCCGAGGUGUCCAAAAGGCAAAAGCGGCAAGGACAAACCUGGCUUCAAAAAGCAACGCGCCUAUAUCUCAUGGGGUGGUGACUCCGGGGAUGAGUCAACGGAUCAAGAAGAGGAAGAAGCCGCCAACCUCUGUCUCAUGGCACACGAAGACCACGUCAACAAAGUACAAGAGCUUUAAAAGAAAAAGUUGCAAAACUUGAGAGUACGGUUAAGAAGUUUAAUACACCACACAAGGAUCUCAAUUUACUCCUAGACACUAUGCAUUUUUCUAAGGAAGGAAUAGGUUUUGAUAAAAAUGAAUCUAAGGAUAAAAA